AUGUCCAUAAGAAACACGUUUCCUAUCAAAAAUGGACAGGAACUCUCAUCUCGAUCAGUAUCAUUUUGUUCUCCUCUGUAUGCAGUGACGAUCAUUGAUCGUUUCCCAUCUCGUGGAGCACACAAGCAAGGUGCUGUGGGCGGUUACCCUACUCCUCCUCCAGGCGGUUACCCCACUCCUCAUUCAGGCGGUUACCCUACUCCUCAUUCAGGCGGUUACCCUACUCCUUCUCCAGGCGGUUACCUUACUCCUCCGGCCGACGUCGGAUCCAUCGUGCUUGCCGGUUCGGAUUCUGUUUCUGAGCCUGAGUUUUUCAAUCCUUUUGCUGCUCAGCCUAAUUUCAAAAGAUUCCUAAUCCCACAUGUCCCUCAACUUGACCCCAGCCAUCUGAUCCCAUCGCAAGAUCGCCUCUACCGGCUUGUUUAUCCUUCUCCUAGCUUUUGGACCUUCACUUGCCUAAACCCACAGCAAGCCUUUGCUGUUAAAGCUGAUUCCAUAACUAUGGAUGGAGAGGUUAGACCAGUGGUCUCACCAUGUUACCACCACUUUCCCAAUGGUGACAAGGUCUCUUUCCUUAGAGAUGGAACGGUUUGGUUUGUUAAACCACCACCGCCUUUUCCCGUUUCAUAUUCUGCUUCUUUGGGAUGCACUCUUGCUGUCCCUGUUGGUGCCACUGUGAAUUUUUGUGAUAGUAUUAAUGAAUUUCUCCGUGAUGAGGAUGAGUUGGGGUACUUCACUGGAUGUUAUGACGGUACGUCUUCUUUCUUUUUUUUGAUUCAUUUAUUAUUCUUUUUGGGCAAUUCUAUUGAUUAAAAUUAUCUUUUCUUCUC